AUGUUCGUCGCAACUAUCAAACUCUUCUCAUUCCUCAUAAAUCCCGAGUUCUGGACCAGAACUGGCUUCUUCGUCGGCUACACUCUCGCUUUCCUCCUCGUCCUAGAAGUCGUCCGUUUAGCAAGCACAGAUGCCAACCGAAAGGAAGUGGAGAAACUCCUCGAUGCGUAUGCCGCGUCGAGAAACGAUGUGCCAGUGAGAAGACGCCCAGAAGAAAAUGAAGUGAAGAAGGUGGUGCAGGUAUCCAUUGACGAAUUAGAGGAUAUGGAGAGAAGAAGUGUAGUGGCGGAGAAGGAAAGGACACAACAGCUACGAGAACAACGAGAGCGGACACGCACACCUAGCCCUGCAGUGGCUCGGACGCCGGAGUCCAAACACAUCGAGGAGACGCGCAGACGUAGAGCGACAUCUGCCUCCGACUCUCCUCACACCACCUUCCAAUCACAAUCACGUUCACACCCGCAGACGUCCUCCUCAAGUCCAACACGUCGUCUCAGGAAGCGUAGCGAUACGCUCAACUCCUCCAGCAGCGCAGAGGCCAAGGGGACUGCCGUGCGGAGGCGCAGGGAAACCUCACCCACAGAGACUAAGACUCGGGAGUCUAGACAUGCUAGUCCGACGCCCAGAUCGAGAAGCAAAGAGGCGAAGACCUUAGGUGGCUCGUUAGGAAAGAUGCUUAGGAGCAGGGGAUGA